UCUUGAAGACCCCUCUAUGCCCUCACUCGAGAAUCCUAAUAUGCCUUCGCUUGAGACGCCUACCAUGCCGUCUCUAGAACAAGAACAAGUAGAAUAUGAACCAGUAAUGGAUCCUCAUCCUGAGCCUCAUAUGCCUGUCAGUAAAAAAAUGAUUGAUUUGACAUCCAUGUUGGGCCAAGUUUUGGGCGAAAUUAAAGAGCACAAUGUAGAAAAAUUCUCACCUCCUACACUCUCAAACACAAUCUCGGAAAACAAGCCUGCGCGUGGACAACAUAAUGGGUUUCCAAAACCUGUGCAUCGAAGCGAAUUUAAGAAACGCUUGGAAGCACAAAAGAAUAAAUCAAAAUCACGUUUAGAUGCUCCUCCUCAAGUCCAACAAACAGCGCAAGUUAAAGAUGCCACGCCUCAAGUCAUAGGUGAAGACGAAAACGACCAACGCAUUCAAGCCAUGUCUGAGCAAGAACUUGAAGAAGCACGUCAAGAGAUCAUGAACACACUCAGUCCUGAAUCAAUUGCAAUGUUGAUGAAGGGCUUGAAGAACAAAAAGACAGAGAAGAAAGUGACAUUUGAUAUUGUUGAGAAACCAAUUGAAACAGACAAGGAUGUAGAUAAUGAACAGGACUUACUCAAGAUGAAAGACAAGUAUUUUGCAGAUGUACCUUUGGAAAACGAUAAAUUGGCUUGGAUGGACAGUCGCUUCUUGACACCUAAACUGAAAAAACAACAGCAGCAACAACAGGAAGAAAGUGUACCAUCAGAAGCUGAAAAAGUAUAUCGCCAAGUACGCUUUGAUCUACAGGGUCGCAUACUUGAUCCUUCUGUUGACAUUCCUCGUCACCAAGGCUUGCAUCACCAUGGUGAUGAACCCGAAAAAGCAGGUUAUACAAUUGCUGAAUUAUUCCAUUUGACUCGUAGUCAAGUACCCUCUCAACGAUCCAUGGUUCUGAACACAUUAGCUCGUAUUAUCUUGCUAGCCAAAAAGAACAAGGACAAAGCUGAAUGGCAGCAUAUUUGGGCUAUUUUUAUAACAAAAGAACACGCAGCCUCCAUUUAUCUUCGCUCUGCAUUGGAUGACCGUCAUUUGGUUGUGAUGAUUAGUGCCAUUAAAGCGCUCACUGCUUUGGUGUUGGACGAUGCAGAAGAUGAUCAAGCAUGGGAAGCAGGAUUGAUUAACAAAACGGCUGAUUUCAAUCAAUUCUUGGGUCAUAUCGCUAAACCAGUAUUGCCUCAGGGAACAACUCGAUUUAAAAGAAAAGGCUUGAAUGAUAAAUUGACGGAACUGGUAGAUCGUAUUCGCCAACAACCUAACACCGAAGAGGAGAUAGAAGACGAUGCUGCGUUAGCUGAACGUGAUUUGAUUCGUGGCCUAGUGAAGAUGAACUUACUGCCACGUAUCCGAUACUUGCUUGCAUCAGAUAACAGUGAAUUGAUCCAUACAGAUCCAACAUCAGUUGAGCGACUUGUACGUCUCUUGGUAUGUAUAGCAGAAUCAGGUCAAGAUGUUUGUGAGUUGAUUGAGGAAGAAGAACUGUUGGAGCCUGUUGUACAAUGGGGUAUUGAUCAAACGGAAUGGCCCAUGACUCUAGCAGAAGGAGUGCGUUAUCCUAGUCUAGCAGCUAUACGCCUUCUGACAAUUAUGGCACAAGCAAGUAAACACAUUGCAGAGACUGUGUUGACAAAAGCAACAAGCACGUUACGAUUUCUACUAACUUCACCUGAGAUUGCUGCUCCUAGUCUGAAACAAAGAGCAUAUGCACUCCAGCUUGAAACGCUUAAGCUCAUUCGUGUACUGGCAUGUUACGGGUUUAUUGUUCCGACGUUAGAAGAUCUGCAGGAGCCUGUUAUGGACUGGUUACGUGCGUCGUUGAGUUUGGAAACCUAUGCAAGUAUGCGCGCAUCCACAGCCAUUGGCUUACUUGAAGUUUUGUUGCAUACAGCGGCUGAUCCUCACAAAACCAUACCUGCUCAUGCCAUUGACUGGCAUCAACCAACUGCUUGUUUACCUGCUGUCUUGGCUAUCUUAAGAGCCAGUCGAGGCAAUCAACAGGCCUUGUAUGAAUCUGCAUUAGGUUAUUUGGGCUCCUGGGCUAGCUAUAUCAACCUGUUUCCUCCUUCUGAAGAAACUGUACGUGAAGUAUGGAAAGCAGUGGUUCAAGAAGGUGGUGUUGGUCUGCAACAGACGAAUCAUUAUUUACUUCGACAUAUUCAGUUCAUGGUGGCCUAUGGCUCAUUAAGACAAGCAUCUUAUCAAGACCUUGUUCAAGAAGCCAAUAAGGCACUUGGCUCUGCUUAUUUAAUGAAUUUACUCCAAUCGCGCUGUGCGCAAGAUAUACAUAGUCGAUAUGCACUCUGGAUUUGGACAAGUCAGACGCACAAGCGAAAAUGGUGUGAUGACACACAAGUACAAGUAUCGGAACUGGAGUCUGGAGUUAGAAGUAGAAUGCAGACAGAUGUGGUUGAAACGUGGUUGGCGCAGAAUUUGUUGCAGCUUUGUCUAUCCAAUUUUAUGCAUCAUGAUUUAGAGCCCUUUUACUAUGAUGCACAAGAACAAAAAAUGGUCAUUUCCAAGGCACUGUUUGAAUAUGAUGGUCGACCUCUUAAGGCACUCAUGUAUCAUCAACAUCAAACAGAACAAGACCCGAGUGCUUUUCUGUUAUCUCCUAUUGACGCACUGUAUCACCUAGACAAAUCCAAGGUGGCGCAAAAAAGCAGAGCUAAUGCAAGUGUGAUAGUGGCCCAUACAUUGGAAAUAGCUGAUCAAAUAUUGACGAUUGACCACGACAUGGCCAUCAUUAGUUUGAUGAAGAUCUUUUUGAUUGGUGAUAGAGAAGGACAACAGGCAGAUAUGGUUUCUGAACGCGAAGUCUUUUGGGAUGUUCCUGUUUUGGAUCAAUGGUUGGACAAAUGCAAGACCAGGACAACACUAGGCGCCUUGGAGAAAGCAUGGCGGUCGUCUUCGGAGCAUAUCCGACAAGCACAAGUGCCUUUCUACCAAUUCUAUCAGAGCUUUGUUGCUCAAUAUGCAGCUGUAUCGUUUGGUCAUCAUGGGUUUGCACGCCUUUUAGUGUAUCUUGUGACCCAAAUCGAUGUGAUUGACUAUCGUCACUUGGUUUUGGUAGAUUAUAGAGAUGUCUUGUCUACACUCAAAGUAAGAAAAGAUGAAUUACCGCCCUUGACAUCACAGGAAAUUGACUCAUUGUCUACUGCUGGUUUAAGUCUAUUGUAAUAAAAAAAAAGUGCACAUAAUGUAUAAUACCACGUGUUGAGAUUUCUAAAUGCAACAGAUCCAUAACUCUGGUUAAAAAUCCCAAAUUUUA